GGUUUUGACCCACCACAUCAGAGUGAUAAUCGAACUAUUUAUAUUGCAAAUCGUUUUCCCCAGCAUGGCCAUUAUGUUCCUCAGAAGUUUGCAGAAAACAGAAUAAUCUCCUCUAAGUAUACCGUGUGGAAUUUUGUGCCCAAAAAUCUAUUUGAGCAGUUUAGAAGAGUAGCCAAUUUUUAUUUUCUUAUAAUAUUUUUGGUUCAGCUUAUGAUAGAUACUCCUACUAGUCCAAUUACUAGUGGAUUGCCAUUGUUUUUUGUUAUAACUGUGACGGCCAUAAAGCAGGGUUAUGAAGAUUGGUUACGGCACAAAGCAGACAAUGAAGUGAAUGGAGCUCCAGUGUAUGUUGUUCGUAGUGGUGGCCUUGUAAAAACAAGAUCAAAGAACAUUCGGGUAGGAGACAUUGUGAGAGUAGCCAAAGAUGAAACUUUCCCUGCUGAUCUCGUACUUCUGUCCUCUGAUAGAGAACAUGGCUGUUGCUAUGUUACCACUGCAAGUUUGGAUGGAGAAACUAAUCUUAAGACACACAUUGCAGUCCCAGAAACUGCUGUGUUGCAGUCUGUUGCCAAUCUGGACAAACUUGUAGCUGUUAUUGAAUGCCAGCAGCCAGAAGCAGAUCUUUACAGAUUUGUUGGGCGUAUAACCAUAAGUCAUCAAAUUGAGGAAAUAGUGCGACCCCUUGGACCCGAAAGUCUUCUACUUCGUGGAGCAAGGUUGAAAAACACUAAAGAAAUUUUUGGUGUUGCUGUGUAUACAGGAAUGGAGACAAAGAUGGCAUUGAAUUAUAAGAGCAAAUCACAGAAACGAUCAGCAGUAGAGAAGUCUAUGAAUUCUUUUUUGAUUAUCUACCUAAUAAUCCUCCUUUGUGAAGCUGUCUUAAGUACAAUACUGAAGUAUGCCUGGCAGAAUGAAGAGAAGUGGAAUGAACCUUGGUAUAACCAGCAAACUGAUCAUGAAAGGAACAGCAGUAAGAUCUUGCGCUUCAUUUCAGAUUUUCUUGCUUUCCUGGUACUUUACAACUUCAUUAUACCCAUUUCACUUUAUGUGACUGUGGAGAUGCAGAAAUUUCUUGGGUCUUUUUUUAUUGGUUGGGACCUUGAUCUCUAUCAUGAAGAAACAAAUGAAAAAGCCCAAGUAAAUACUUCAGACCUCAAUGAAGAACUGGGACAGGUGGAGUAUGUAUUUACAGAUAAAACUGGUACAUUGACAGAAAAUGUGAUGCAGUUUCGGGAAUGUUCCAUUAAUGGUCUCAAAUAUCAAGAAAUCAAUGGCAGAUUAGUUCCUGAGGGAUUGAUAGAAGACUUUCCAGAUGGAGUACCGCCCAGUUUUACACAUGAGGAAGAACUCUUCCUGAAAGCUCUUUGUCUCUGUCAUACAGUGCAGAUUAAUAAUGACCAAACUGAUGGCAUUUGCGACAGCCCGUGGCGUAGCAAUGGUCUACCAUCUGAAUUGGAGUACUAUGCCUCGUCCCCAGAUGAAAAAGCUUUAGUUGAAGCAGCUCGCAGGGUUGGUGUUGUGUUUACUGGGGCAAAUGCAGAAAGCAUGGAGCUUAAAAGCUGUGGAAAGCCAGAAAGGUACAAAUUACUACACGUACUGGACUUUGAUGCCAAUCGUAGGAGAAUGAGUGUGAUCGUAGAAAGUCCAUCAGGUGAAAAGCUUUUAUUUACCAAAGGAGCAGAAUCUGUUAUUCUUCCUUCCAGUAAAAAUGGUGAGGUAGAAAAAACAAGAAUCCAUGUGGAUGAAUUUGCAUUGAAAGGAUUAAGAAUUCUUUGUGUAGCUUACAGAAAAUUCACAGAGGAGGAGUAUAAAGAGGUGGAGCAGCGUCUUUUUGAAGCAAAAACUGCCUUGCAGCAACGAGAAGAACGGGUGGCAGAGGCAUAUAACUUUAUUGAAAAAGACUUGGAAUUACUUGGAGCUACAGGAGUAGAAGACAAGCUGCAAGAUAAAGUCCAGGAAACCAUAGAAGCUCUUCGCUUGGCAGGGAUUAAAGUGUGGGUGCUCACGGGAGACAAACACGAAACAGCAGUAAGCGUCAGCUUAUCGUGUGGACACUUCCACAGAACCAUGAAUAUCCUGGAACUCGUGCAACACAAAUCAGACAGCACGUGUGCGGAGCAGCUGAGACAGCUCGCCAAGAGAAUAAAGGACGACCACGUAAUCCAGCACGGGCUGGUAGUGGAUGGGACCAGCCUCUCCCUGGCCCUCAGACAACAUGAGAAACUCUUCAUGGAGGUCUGCCGAAAUUGCUCUGCUGUGCUCUGCUGUCGUAUGGCACCUCUGCAGAAAGCCAAGGUUGUACGGCUGCUGAAAACAUCUCCAGAGAAGCCUAUCACAUUAGCUAUCGGUGAUGGAGCUAAUGAUGUGAGCAUGAUACAAGAAGCUCAUGUUGGCAUAGGUAUCAUGGGCAAAGAAGGCAGACAAGCUGUAAGAAACAGUGACUAUGCAAUAGCAAGAUUUAAAUUCCUCUCCAAGUUACUUUUUGUCCAUGGCCACCUUUAUUAUGUUAGGAUAGCAACCCUUGUACAGUACUUUUUUUACAAGAAUGUGUGUUUUAUUACGCCGCAGUUUUUAUAUCAAUUCUUCUGUUUAUUUUCACAACAAACUCUGUAUGACAGCGUGUACCUAACUUUGUACAACAUUUGUUUCACAUCCCUUCCAGUCCUCAUGUAUAGUCUUUUUGAACAGCAUGUGCAUCCUCAUGUAUUGCACAGCAAGCCAACACUCUACCGAGAUAUUAGUAAAAAUGCCCACUUGGGCUUUAAGCCUUUCCUCUACUGGACCUUCUUGGGAUUUUUUCAUGCAUUUGCUUUCUUCUUUGGCUCCUAUCUUCUAAUGGGAAAAGACACUUCAUUGUUAGGAAAUGGCCAGCUGAUGAAAAACGUCAGCGACACGUGUCCGGAUAUCACAAGGAUCUACAGCAUCGGGAAAAGUUACCUGGGCUUGAAAAUGUACGUCAUGGAGAUUUCAGAGAACCCCGGGCAGCACGAAGUAGGAGAACCGGAGUUCCGCUACGUGGCCGGCAUGCACGGCAACGAGGCGCUGGGCCGGGAGCUGGUGCUCAACCUGAUGGAGUAUCUCUGCCAGGAAUACAGGCAGGGCAACCCUCGCGUCCGGAGGCUGGUCACGGAGACCCGAAUCCACCUGAUGCCCUCCAUGAACCCGGACGGCUACGAGACGGCCUACAAGCUGGGCUCGGAGCUGUCCGGCUGGGCACUGGGCCGAUGGACGUACGAAGGCUUUGAUCUCAACCACAACUUUGCCGAUCUCAACACGGACCUUUGGGAUGCCGAGGACCUCCAGCUGGUCCCCCACCAGUUCCCCAACCACUACAUCCCCAUCCCGGAGGCGUACACCUUCCCCAACGCCACGGUGAGCCCCGCCCCCGGUAUGAACGACUUCAGCUACCUGCACACCAACUGCUUUGAGGUGACCAUCGAGCUCUCCUGCGACAAAUUCCCACACGAAUCGGAGCUCCCGCAGGAGUGGGAGAACAACAAGGAAUCCCUCUUGCUGUACAUGGAACAGAUCCACCGAGGGAUUAAGGGGAUCGUCCGGGACAAAGACACGGAGCGAGGCAUCGCCGAUGCCAUCAUUUCUGUGGACGGCAUCAACCAUGACAUCAGGACAGCUUUCGAUGGGGACUACUGGCGUCUGCUCAACCCCGGCGAAUACGAGGUGACCGCUGCGGCCGAGGGCUACCACCCCGUCACCCGAACCUGCCACGUCUCUUACGAGAACAGCGCCACCCUCUGCGACUUCCGCCUGACCAAGACCCCCAAGCAGCGUCUGCGGGAGAUCCUGGCCAAGGGCGGGAAGGUGCCCAAGGACCUCGCACUGCGCCUGCGCAAGCUGCGCCUGCGCCAACUGGAGGCUCAGAGACAGGCCCAGUGA